AUGGUUAGGACCAGAGGACUAGGUCAUGUCUUAGGUCACGUUACUGGCAGAGGUGUGGGCAGAGGAGAUAGUGAUGAUUCUGAUGAUGCUCCGCAGCAUCGAAGGCCUACCACAUCCGCAUGCAGGCAGAGAGUAGCUGUCACAGCUGAGCAUGAUGAGCCAGUGGUCCCUGUGACAAAGGUUGUUGGAGCUUCGAUUGAGCCUGCCGUAUAUGCGGAUGAGCCGAUGGCAGGAGGUGAUGAGCGUCCUGAGUUGAAGUUAUCCUCUCACAAGAGGAAGAUCCAUAGUUUAGGCAGGCCUGUCCUUGCCAUUGAGGGGCUAGUUGCUGGGACAGGACGAAUUCCUCUGAUUGCGUGUUUGGUAGACACUAGCAAUCGGGGACUUUUGUCUUCGUUUGUCGAGCGGUGGCACCGGGAGACAUCUAGUUUCCAUCUCCCUAUGGGAGAGGUGACGAUCACGUUGGACGAUGUCUCAUCUCUUCUGCAUCUGCCUGUGAGGCUGCCAGGGUUGAGACAAGAUAGUGUCGUGGACCGUACAUACGCCUGCAAUGGGUACGUGAUAUCUAUGAGCGUCGAUGCCAGAAAGAGUGCAACCGAUGUUCAUGUUGUGUAUUUGGAGGCCCUUUGUGACCUCGGUCAGACCGGGAGGUACGCCUGGGGAGUAGCUGCGCUAGUGCAUAUGUACGACCACCUGAACGAUGCUUCUAUCAACAGCAGCCGACAGCUUGACGGUUACAUCACACUGCUGCAGUGCUGGAUAUACAAGCACUUUCCCUCAGUCGCGGAGUCCACUACUGAUCCGAACAACGACGAGGAUUCACCGCGUGCCUGUAGGUGGAUUGCUACGAAGAAGACCAUGAAGAGCAUACUACACCGGCGUACAGGGAGUGCCUGA